UCUUUCUCAAGUCUGUAUUCCAACCAAAUGGAUAUAUCACUCCAAUGUGAUGACUACUAUCUAAAACCUUACUUUGAGUUUGCUGAGAAAGUGUCUCCCUACAAGAGGAUUCCCCUCUUUGACACUGUAAAGAAUCUUUCGAAGUCAAAUCCAGGCCUUCAGACUUUAACAAGUAUUGAUUUGACCCCUUCAAGCUGGAUGUGUGUCGCCUGGUACCCUGUCUGUCAUAUCCCAAAUAUCGGGAUACCUUUCAAGGACUUUGAGGCUGCCUUUCUGACAUUUCAUUCCAUAUCCUCAUUCUACCAGGAUUUUCCCGAGGAAGAUGUUCAAAUGGGUUGCAAUAAACGCAGCCCAUCAAUUUCUCUACCACCAUUUGGGUGUGUGACGUACAAAGUGGAAGGGAACAUCUGGCUGAAUCAUGGGGAUUUAGACUUUGGGAGAUUGUAUCAUCUUAAUAAGGCUGCUGAUUUGUGGAUUAAUCAGCUUGGUUUCGAGCACCAUGAUUUCAGAUUUUUCACAAGGCAAUGUAGUCAUCAUCUUGUCUCUGCGGAGCCCAAUGCAGAGCCCUCUGCCGAGAACAAUUAUUCCUUUCAUCGGUUUCUCUGAUCUCUUCCCUGCACGGGAAGGCAGCUA